AUGAUUUUGAAAAAUAUAGGACUACGAAGAUGUACAUAUAGACUAUAUUCAAUUAAAUUAAAAGAACUAGAAUCAUCUAACAACACUAACCAUGCAAUCUCAACGAAACAAUUAUUAUACACAACUGAUCCAACUUCACCAGGUUCAAUUUUUUUCUUACCUCAUGGUACAAGAAUACUAAACAAAUUAAUUCAAUUUAUGAAAAAUCAGCAAAUUAAAUAUGGUUUUCAAGAAGUAGUGACUCCAUUAAUUUUCAAAACUAAAUUGUGGCAAAAAUCAGGGCAUUGGGAUAAUUACAAAGAUGACAUGUUUAAAGUUAUUGGUAACGAUUUAUCAAAAGAAGAUCAACAAGAUAAUAUUGAAGAACAUGAGUAUGGUUUGAAACCAAUGAAUUGUCCAAGUCAUUGUAUGAUAUUUGCAAAGUUUGAUAGAAGCUAUAAUGAAUUACCAGUAAGAUUUUCAGAUUUUAGUUCAUUACAUAGAAAUGAAGCAAGUGGUGCAUUAUCUGGUUUAACAAGAGUUCGUAGAUUUCAUCAAGAUGAUGGUCAUAUCUUUUGUGACUUAGGUCAAAUUGAUCAAGAAAUUAAAAAUACUAUAAAUUUAAUCAAAGAUACUUACAAUGUUUUUGGAAUUAAUAAAAUUGAAUAUUAUUUAUCUACUAGACCGGAAGAAAAAUUCAUUGGAGAUUUAGAAACCUGGAAUGAUGCUGAAGAUCAAUUGAAAAAUGUAUUGAAUGAAUCCACAGGUGAAGGGAAUUGGUCCAUCAGAGAAGGCGAUGGUGCUUUCUAUGGCCCAAAAAUUGACGUUCUUUUAACUGAUGCUUUUCAAAAGAAACAUCAAGUUGGUACAAUUCAAUUAGAUUUUCAAUUGCCAAAAAGAUUUGAGUUGAAAUAUGUUGCUGAAGAUGGUUCAAGGGACAAUCAACCAAUUUUAAUUCAUAGAGCUGUUUUUGGAUCUUUGGAAAGGUUCUUUGCCAUUUUAUUAGAUCAUUAUCAAGGUAAAUGGCCAUUUUGGAUUAACCCAAGACAAGCCAUAAUUAUACCUGUAAAUGAAACACACAUAGCAAAAGCUGAAGAAUUGCAAAAGAAAUUGUCUGGUGAUAUUGUUAAUACUGAAAGUUCAAUCUCCCCAUUGACUGGUUUUAAUUUUCAUGUUGAUGUUGACAAAAGACCUUCUACAGUUGGUCACAGAACCAAAGAUGCAAUUCAACAUGGCUAUUCAUAUAUUAUUUUAAUUGGUGACAAAGACAUUGCAAACGGGACCUACGCGAUUAGAUCAAGAGAUGAUAGAAAAAUUAUCAAUAAAACAGCUGACGAAAUUUAUGAACAAUUUAUAGAAUUAGAAAAAUCUUAUAAAUAG